GACAGCAUUGCGCAUGUGUAGCGGCGGUAGCAGCAGCGGACCCGGCUGGCAGUUUCUUCCUCCGGAGGAGAAACCCCUCUGCCAUGGAGUCCUACGAUAUUAUCGCCAACCAGCCUGUCGUGAUCGACAACGGCUCUGGUGUGAUUAAAGCUGGUUUUGCAGGAGAUCAAAUUCCCAAGUACUGUUUUCCAAACUAUGUAGGCAGACCAAAACAUGUCCGUGUCAUGGCUGGAGCCCUGGAAGGGGAUAUUUUCAUUGGCCCCAAAGCAGAGGAGCAUCGUGGGCUGCUCUCCAUCCGCUACCCCAUGGAACAUGGCAUUGUGAAGGACUGGAAUGACAUGGAGCGUAUCUGGCAGUAUGUCUAUUCUAAAGACCAGCUUCAGACUUUCUCAGAAGAGCAUCCUGUGCUCCUGACUGAAGCUCCCUUGAACCCACGAAAAAACCGGGAACGUGCUGCUGAAGUUUUUUUUGAGACAUUCAAUGUGCCAGCCCUCUUCAUCUCCAUGCAAGCUGUGCUUAGCCUAUAUGCGACAGGAAGAACCACAGGAGUGGUGCUGGACUCUGGAGAUGGGGUCACCCACGCGGUCCCCAUCUAUGAGGGCUUUGCCAUGCCCCAUUCCAUCAUGCGCAUUGACAUUGCUGGCCGUGAUGUCUCCCGUUUCCUCCGUCUCUACCUUCGAAAAGAGGGCUAUGAUUUUCACUCAUCAUCGGAGUUUGAGAUUGUCAAGACCAUCAAAGAGAGAGCCUGCUACCUGUCCAUAAACCCACAGAAAGAUGAGACUCUGGAGACAGAGAAGGCUCAGUACUACCUACCUGAUGGAAGCACCAUUGAGAUUGGCCCCUCUCGAUUCCGUGCCCCUGAGCUUCUGUUCCGGCCAGAUCUGAUUGGCGAGGAGAGUGAGGGUAUCCAUGAAGUGCUCGUGUUUGCCAUCCAGAAGUCUGACAUGGACCUGAGGCGCACGCUCUUCUCCAACAUCGUGCUUUCAGGAGGUUCCACCCUGUUCAAAGGUUUUGGUGACAGACUGCUGAGUGAAGUGAAGAAACUGGCUCCAAAAGAUGUGAAAAUCAGGAUAUCUGCUCCUCAGGAGAGACUAUAUUCAACAUGGAUUGGGGGUUCCAUUCUGGCCUCUCUGGACACCUUUAAGAAGAUGUGGGUAUCUAAAAAGGAAUAUGAAGAAGAUGGCGCCCGAUCCAUCCAUAGGAAAACCUUUUAAUGUUCGGACGUCUCUUUCACCUAUCUUCGAAGUUAACUCCACUUUAAAACUCGCUUUCUUGAGUUGGAGUGUGUGAGGAGCUGCCUGUAUGUGGGUAUGUGUGGAUGUGGGUGUGGGUAUGUAUGCGUGUGUAUGUGCGUGUGCCAGUGUGGCCCGGGAAGCCCGGUGCCUUCCCCCACGAUGGAGCCUAGGACCCAGGGGUUGACCACUAACUUGCGUCUGAGAGGGGAGAACACCUGGCUGGAGUGCCCCAUUUCUUUGUCCAUUGGUCCUUUUCCUUUCUUUUUGGGACUACGUUUACUGCUGUAGGGAGAGGAGGAGGGCAAACUGAACCACCCGAGAGGAAGGCCCUGCCACCAUCUCCCCGACCACCUCCCAGGUGGCUGGAGCUCAGGCCUACCACCUUCCCUUUGCUCCUCACUAUUACUUGCUGGCCACUUGAUCAUAGGGACCUGUGCAGGAACUGUUUGGUUUUCUUGCUGUUUUUGUUUGUGGAAUAAGGAGAAGCACACUUGGAGCUGUUUCAGAAAUCCCUGGGUUAGGGGAAUAGGUGAGAGGAUAGGAAUCUUUGGGUUUACCUAAGGUCAGGACCACAGGAGGGAAUUGGUGGAGGAUAGGGGCUUCACCAGCUGGGAUAAGGUGCAGAUGCCCAGGCCACCUAAGCACAUCCCUCACAACAUCCUUUCUGCUGUUCUUCCUCUGCAUGGAAAACCUUGGAGAAAACUAAGAGGGGAGAGUUUAAGGAGCCAGGGUGGGGGCUAACCUGCCUUUUGGAUCAAGUUGCACUUGUGGCAGGUGGGCCAGAUGAGGAGGGAAGCUGGGGAAGCUGCAGCUGCAGGGACAUUAAAUGUGCUUUCCUCCAUCUUUGCUUCAAUGCAGUUUAAGUGAAAUCCUGUUUGCCAUAUGGUUUUAUUUAUUAUUAAAGGGUUUGGUAACCUCCUAGUCACUAAGAGGGCCAAGGAGGAAGAGGCAGCAAGAGUAGAUCCCUAGUUGCUUAAUGCCUGCCUUUCUUAGUCUCCCUCUAUACACUAAUGUUUACAGCACCUAAGCUUAGUGUAGUAGCCCAGCCCCUGGAGAGAUAGGGCACCCACCAGGUCCCACUAAGUACUGUUAACAGUAUCCUACUGAGGUAGCAGACAUGGGCACUGGGACCAGUUGCAACUAAAGGUUUUGAGCAAAGGCAUCUCUGCCAACACUAAUCCCUUCCUCCUGCUCACAGCUCUAUCACCAGGCAGAUUUCAAAGUGGGCUUUUCUGGUGCAUCAGGUGCCAGUGCCUUCACUGGGGUUAUGUAGCUUGUCUCAAGUUAAGGAAGUGAAGGUGCCUUAUCCCUGCAGCCCUCCUGGGGGUGGUUCUUGGGCAGAGGUGCAAAGGAGACUGGUCUCUGGCUUUCUUGGGUGCACAGAGAUGACUGGGUUGGCAGACCGCCUUUGGGAACCCAAUGGCCUGGCCAGCCUUAGGUUUUGAAUUUGAAUUGUGCCCUCCGCUUCAUUGUGGGUCCCAGGCCUAGCAAAGAAAGAAGGAAAGCCAGAGCUGUAAGUUGAGGUGAAGGGAGUCUGAUGGGGGGUGCAUUCGGGGCCCCUAACCUGCUGCUGACCAUCCAGAACUGAAAGAAAUCACUGGAAGAGGUAUCUGAAUACUAGGAAGUUGAGUUGGCAUUGCCUAACUCAAACCUAGGCCUUCAAGCAGGGGUUCCAGGCAGCAGAUGCUUUCUUCUAAUGCCUAAAGAAGGAAAGACAGCGCCCCAUCCCUUGUCCAGUGAGAUGGUUUUACAUCCUGCUCUGGAUCAGUUUCAGUUGAAGCAUCUGGCUUGAGCCACCCCUCCCUGAACAGUGGCCUAUUAUCUAGGAGCCCCUUGGUGCCUGUUUGCCUUCAUUGAUACUUAUGGCAUUAUGAAUAAUCUUGUGGCCCUCCUUUGAUGUGUAGCAGGCCCCUGCCUAUCCCAUUUCUAAAUUCCGAAGAUGCCAGUCAGUGUCCUCUCCCCCGAUUCCACCGUGACCAAAGGCCCCAACCAAUGGGGGGCCAGGUGUGUGUGAAAGCAAUGUGGCAACCAGACUGCAGUGUGCUUCCUUCCACCUUCCUUCUCAGCCCCAGCCUUUGCCCUGCACAGCCUGUCUCCUAACCACGUUGCCUGGUGGUGCCCAGUGUACUUAAAUAAAGUUGUUCCACAGAUA